CCUCCCCGCCUCUUUGUUGCAUGUGCAAAAGCAAACGCUCCUUACCGUGAGUAGGAUCACGAAGCACCACAGGAGUACAGCCGUACAUGUUGUAGUCUUGUGCUGCUGUAGUACCAUCCAUGGACACUGCAAGUGCGCUGCGGUUGAAAGGGAACGACAACGAUGGUGAAAAGGGAACUUGCUUGCGGCCAACCCUGCCCGGAAUGCGGAGGAGCUGCACGGAAUGCGGACGGAAGAAGAAGCGGUGUGAUGGCCAACAACCUUGUAGGCGCUGUGUGGGAUCAGGCGGCCAGUGCGCUUACAUCAUGCGGCGGUGGCAUCUCCCCAAACCACACCAGCAGCAGCACCAGUCUCAGCGACCUGAUCGUGAUGGGGCGCACGGUCGAGAGGUCCUCCUGCAAUCAGCACAACCCGGAGCACUCGUGACAUGUGGCAUGUUGCCGUUGAAGAGGUUCAGGUUGACUGCGUCUCCGGCGACUGGCCUGGUGGGAAUGCAGGAGAACGCUUUCCUCAGCGACUUCUUUGGCUGCGUUGGUUUCGUGCCGCUCACCUCCCACAGUCAUAUUCGCGAGACGAUGGUGAAGAUCAUGGCAUCUCCUGCCCCUUUGCAGCAGUCAGCCAUUGGGGGCGCCUUUGGCGGGGUCGGUUCUAUGGUUCGGGCGCGAUGUUGGAACAAGGCCUCGGAAAAACCUCAACUUCCUAUGGACCCGUCAACUUGCACUUUCUGGUGUGCUAUUGCUCUGGGCGCACUUGCGAAGGGCUGUCCUGUCGAGUCGGUGGCAAAGUACCGUCAUCUGGCCCACGAAGCGCUGACAAAGAGCUAUCCGAGUUCCGCAGACGCCGAGGUGGCCACGGCAUGGGCAAUGCUGGCCUACGUGUACGGGUUCAUGGGAGACUUGGCAAAGUUCCAAGAGUACCUGGCCCUUUCGGAGUCUUUUUUGAAAAGUGCUACCGCGAAACGGUGCACGGACACUCUUCCAUUGGGCUUCGCGGAGGUUGUCCUGCCUGUAAAGAUCCCCAACGCCUCCUGCGGGCAGUGGGAGACGAAGUCGCUUGACGCCGAAGAGCGCGUUCCUCCGCAGUUGGCCGACGUUGCCGCCGAGGGCGAGCUAUAUAAAUACAUCGCUCAAUCGUUUAAAGCGUUCGAGCAAGCUUUCCAACAGAAAGCUUAUAAGCAGAGCGCGAGGGAUGUCGAAACCCCAGGCGAAACCGAAGGUCAUGGCGAAUCAGACAGAAAUCGCCGGCGCCCAAGCGCUCUUCUGCCUGGCGAGAUUUCGGAAGCUAUGGGGACAGUGUUCGGAGAUCGGAAUCUUCUUGUCUUCGAGCCUCUUGAAGAAGCAGUUGAUCGUACCCUUGUCUUCGAAAAGGCAGCAAAGGGGGAUCGUCGGGCCACCCUGGAGAGAAUAGGCCGCUGCGUGGAGGUUUUUGAGCUAUAUCCUGGAAUGUGCCGCUGCACGAUAAGCCACCAUAAGGCACACAUAAUGCUGGUAUGUCUGGCAGCGAUUGGCGACUCCAGCGCUCGGGCGAUGUACGACAGGUUGCGUGGGUCCUACAACUCCUUCCGCCCUGCCGGCUCUCUGCCCGUACCCCCCUUGGAGGAGUGGCAAGGAGUGGGUGCCUUCUGCGACGAUUUCUAUUGCAGGGCGAUGGAGGGCCUCGUUGCAAGCGACCUAAUGAAGGCCUUCUCGGCGCCGUGCGUAGACGGCUUCGACGUCUGCGUUGGGGCGAAGGGCACGGGAAGUGACAAAUUGUCAACAUGCGACAAUCCUGAGGAAAACAUCGGCACAGUUCCUGUCCGGCCAUCUGAGGGCGGGGGUGGAUCGGGCUCCACUCUGGCGUCGACAAUGAUACCGGUUGCGCCUCCUGCAUCCUCACACCAUGCAUGGUGCCAUUUGAAGGCAGAAUUUCACUCGGAUCAGAUUGAAAGCAGCGUUGCCCUCAUGACCAUGGCUGACGAGUCACUUCCGAGACUACCGCAACUGAGUGAGGGCAGCGGUUUGUUGGAGGACAAUGAGGACCGCAGCAUCUUCGCCGAUGAUUGGUUGGAUGCUACCCAUGCCAUGUUGGAUACAGUUUCAACAGUGUGAUGAGACCGUUCUCAAGGAAGCCAACUUGGCUGGCAAAACUCGGGGUUGGAAAUAUGACGGAGGGGCUCGUUCCUCUCUCAAAUGUGUGGUUGAGUCUGGCUAUAGGUUGCGACACUUCCGUUUGGUCGCGGUUCAACCUUUCGAGUAGGAAGGGCUGUCACAAGGUACGAGUGUUUUAUUGGUUUGCACUUUCCUUUAUCUUGACUUAACUGUUUUUCGCAAUCAUUUUCUGUUGAGGGGUUAGAAUGUAGAGAACGUCACGCCGACAAAGUUUCGCUACAAUCG